AUGGCGACCGACCUGUCGCUAGGUCCUCUUCGGAUCGCCAACCCUGACGACGCUUCUCCUGACGCACCGAAUCAAUCUCAACGAAACAUUCACGGUGUAUCCCCACUCCCUGACCUCAACGAGCCGCAAGACUAUCUUGCUCACCCCGUUCACCGCUCUGAUAGUCCUGUGUCGCCCCUCGAAUCCCCAUCCCAUGACGACGAGCAACAAUUUGCGCCAUCGGCCCCACAGCAAUCAACUACAACCCAGCCGAGCUCCUACCAGCAGCGCCCGGCUCAGCAACAACGAACUCAGAGAUCACUCCCGCAGACAUAUCAAGAUCAGCAGCAAUCGCAGUUUCCCCAAUACCCUGCUAUGAUGCCUCAGAACCUUCACUCCGAUCCUCGCGCGCAAAAUGGUAGACCGCAAUCUACGUAUUACACACAAAUGCCAGUCAACGGCUCCUCAAGCACCAACAUCUCAAGGCAGGGUUCCUACAGAAUGCGCACCGAAGGCUCAACCAUGCAAUUCCCAUCAAGAACCUCGUCUAAACGCACUGCCAUGGGAGAGCAGCCAGGAGUGCCCUCCAGAGACGACUCGCACAGUGAACGAUCUUACGGAUCGAAUGCAUACACCGGCGGAAGCGGCCCUCUCCCACCGCGGAAAUCAUCUAGGGGCAUGUCUGCGGCUCCUCUGCGCAACACUCCCCCUACCAACACACCUUUAUCGAGCUCACCCUACGGCCUUGAAGGCGGUCCAUUAGCAAGCAGUGAGGAGUGGCAAGAAAGGGGCGCCGCGGUCGCGACAAGAAGAGAAAUCGAUGCUGAGGGGCGGCCCGUUGUGCGCUCGAUCAAGAAAGGAGUAAAGGAUUUCAACUUUGGGCAAACACUGGGCGAAGGCUCAUACAGUACGGUAUUGGCAGCGCAAGAUAAAGUAUCCGGCAAGGAUUACGCUAUCAAAGUCCUGGAUAAGCGGCACAUCAUUAAAGAGAAGAAGGUCAAAUACGUCAACAUUGAACGAGACACACUGAAUCGAUUAACCGACCACCCCGGCGUUGUACGACUGUAUUACACUUUUCAGGACGAACGAUCGUUGUAUUUUGUGUUGGACUUAUGCACAGGAGGGGAGCUAUUGAGUUUGCUAAAGCGUAUGACCACUUUCGACGAAGAAUGCACACGCUUCUACGGCGCCCAGAUAUUGGAUACGAUCGAGUACAUGCACAAUCGCGGAGUCAUUCACCGUGAUCUGAAGCCCGAAAACGUCUUGCUUGACGAGAACAAGCACAUCAAGAUCACGGAUUUCGGUACGGCCAAAUUACUCGUGGAGACAAAGGAUUCAGGUGCCGGCUCUAGCUUUGAGCGUGAAGCAUCUGAGGCGAAUGAUCGAGCCAGCUCGUUCGUGGGCACAGCUGAGUAUGUGAGUCCAGAGUUGCUGACCGACAAAAAUGCGUGCAAAGCCAGCGAUCUAUGGGCAUUUGGCUGCAUUAUUUACCAACUGAUGGCCGGAAGACCUCCGUUCAAAGCCGGUAACGAGUAUCAGACCUUCCAGAAAAUUGUUGCUCUGGACUAUGAAUUCCCUCGAGGAUUUCCCGAGCUUGCCCGCGACCUAGUGGAGCGUCUCCUCGUCUUGGAGCCGACAAGGCGAUUGACGAUUGAGCAUAUCAAGAAUCAUCCAUUCUUUGAGGGCAUCCGUUGGGGCAAAGGAUUAUGGUCACAAACGACGCCUAAGAUUAAGACAUUUGUGCCAGCGUCAAAUCCACCCAUCAAGCUUAAUGGCAGUGGCACUGCAGCGCAAGGUAGUUUCCCUCCGGACAUCGCUCAUAGUACGCAGCCCACUAUGCUUCCACCUACCAACAACAAGCCACAUCCUCGGCUUAUGACCGAUCUACCUCCACCUAGCCAACUCGAUAUCGAAUGGUCUCCUGUCCUGACCCGACACAACGAGCGGAUCUUGAAGCUUGGUAAUCUCUCAGUUGGGGUUUCACAGCAAUCCGACCGCCCACAUGAAGGCGGAAAGCUUUCCAGAUUCUUUGGGGGUGGGAACGGGAAGAAGCGUGAAAGACUAGUGAUGGUGACUUCGAGCGGCCGCUUAAUUGUCGCUCCCGCUGGAGGUGAUGAGAAGAAGGCCAAGUAUGAGAUCGCCUUGCUGGCGCCUGGGACCGAAUAUUCGAGCUCGACGGAUGCUAAGGGCAUUACGCAGUGGGUUGUGGAUACUCGAGAGCGACACUUUGUCUUCGAGGACACCAAACCACAAUCUAAGGAGCCCAUGGCGACAGCCGUAUCGACGCAAGAAUGGCUUGACGCCCUCGUUAAGUCCCGGGACCUUGCCAUUAGCAUCCAGGAGCGCAGCGGCAACCAAAAUUACUCAGAGAACGAUGAGCUCAACAUGUCGUCUGGGCAGCUCUCCAGUCAUCCCAGCACCAUUGACCAACCGACUGACCUAAGCCCUCAAAACCAUAGCCACUCACGUGGCAUUUUGCAUAAGCAGCAAAGCACCAACGAUGGAGAAUCACUCAAAGGCCGCAAACGCUUCAGCAAGCGGCAGUCGAAGAGUGGGCUGACGGCGGUUUUUUAG